AUGCCGUCAAACACAAGAUUAUCUAAUAAUCAUUCAGGCCAGAGUGACGACCACUUGAAGGAGAUGGUUGCAGUGUUUAAAGAGGAUGGAGAAAUCGACAAGUUUAUCCUGAAGGAGAGGGCAUCAAUAGAAACGAACAACGAAGGAUCCUCGAGAAGUAAAAAUAAGAACCUGUUUAACAUUUUCCAUAAGAAGAGGAACGACAGGGUCGACAGGCACCUGGAGACUGAAGAAGGCAACGAACCUACGAGCGACGUAGACGGGGAACCGAGUGUCACGACUGAGAGGAACGAGAGGAUCAUACGAGACUACAACGAUUUAAAAAAGCCGAUAAUACGAUAUUUAAACUCCACGAACUCAAACGUAUCGAUUUUCUCCGACGACUAUCCGCUAGACAACACGGCCAGAAACGCUACAGCCAAUGCCGGAAACGAUACGUCCUCACCCACGUCAAACGUGGAGACAAGCAACCAGAUUACUACGGAACCAGUAAGUAGUACCACUCUCACAAGCGCAUCUGCAAUGCUUACAACGCCCACCGCCACUAAUUUAACUCCCACCACUAACUUGACCACUGCUAAUAACCUUACUACUGCCACUAAUUUAACUCCCACCACUAACUUGACCACUGCCACCAAUAUGUCCACCGCCAAUAAUUUAACUACUGGCACUAAUUUGAACGCAAUUGGGCCAUUGACGACUAACGCAAGCAACACGAAUGCGACGACAGCCUUAAAUACUAAUAGUUUGAUGACGACAUCUGGGCCUUUGAGUACUAAUGCAAUCUUAACACCCUCCAAUAACGUGAAUAUUAAUGCGAAUGAGUUAGAGGAGAUGAUCAACAAGAAAUUUAAUAACCUGCAGAACAUGUUGAUGUAUAAUAACGCGAGCCUAGCGACGACAAGUCAGCAGAACGUUGUGCCGGCGAUGGUCCCUGCCAUAAUUAACAAGGACAUGAAAGCGUGGGAUGACCCGUUCAGCAAGGAGGAGACGGCAGGAAAGCAGAACCUGAUAGACGAGAAGGUAAACUACCUGUUCAAGCAGCAGUUUAUGAACCUGCAACAGCAGAACAACCUGAUUGAACAGCAGAAUAACCUGGAGCACCACCUGAACAAUUACAUUAAUCAGCACAACAUUAUUCUGGAAAACAAGAUCAAUGAGCAGAACAACAUGCUUAACGAGAAGAUCAACGAGCAUAACCUGCAGCUGGACGAAAAAAUGAAGCAGUACAACAACAUACUUAACACGAAGCUGAACAACAUACUGAACAGUAAGCUUAACAACAUAUUCACGGAGCAGAAUAACCUGAUACAAAAUAAGCUGUCGGAGCAGAGUAACCUGAUCAACGAGCAGAAUAACCUGUUUAACAGCAGACUGGACGAUAGGCUGACGGAAAACAAUAACAUCAUUAACGAGAGGCUGAACGACAGGUUGACGGAGAACAAUAACAUCAUCAACAAUAACCUGAGGGAGCAGCUGAAGAACCUGAUAGAACAGCAGAACCUACUGCUCCACGAAAUACUUAACCAGCAGAAGACGCUGAUCACCGACCAUAACACGUACAUAAAUGAGCAGAACGUAGUGCUCAACGACAGACUUAACGACAGCAAUAACAUAAUCACGAGUAGCCUGAAGGAGCAGAACAACUUCAUGAGCGAGAACCUGAAGGAGCACAACACGUUCAUAAGUGACCUGAUAGAAAGACAGAACAACCUCAUCAACGCAAGUCUGACGGAGCAGAUGCGUCUGCUGAACACGAGUUUGAGCGACCACAAGACGCAAGUGCACAGCAGCCUCUCAGGUCACGGAGACAUGAUCAACAGUAGCCUGUCGGAGCACAACGGAAUGCUUAACACGAGUCUGGACGAGAAGAUUAUCAACUGCCACAACCUGAUCGAGAAUAGAAUCACAGAUCAGAAUAACAUGAUAGAAAGUAAGAUAUCGGAGCAGAAUAACCAGAUGGAGCUGAAGAUAGGAGAGCUUAUCACAAUGGUGAACACGAGUUUGUCAGAACAGAGAAGUCUGAUGGAAAGGGCGCUGGAGGAGCACAGCAGAGCCCUGACGGAGGCAGUGAAUGAGAAGCUGGAGGAGUACAACACGCUGAUGAACGAAAAGCUGGACGACUACAAUAACCUGCUGAACGACAAGAUCGACGACUACAACGGCCUGAUAGACGAACACAAUAACAUGAUGGAGACCAGAAUCAAUGAAAUGAGGGACGACCAGAAGGUAAACUUUGACAAUCACAUGGAAAACCACAGUAGUUUGGUGGAAAAACACAACAACUACAUCAACGAAAGAAUAGAGCAGCAACUGAAGCUGAUCAACGAGCAGAGCGUAAACCUGGAGGAGCAGAACAACUACAUCAACGCACAGUACAGAAGCACGACUGAGAACAUAGCGAAGCUGAACGAAAACAUCAACGGAAUCAACGCGACGAUCACGGAGGAGCUGCACAGUAACCUGCACACGCUGGUGAAGGGAGUCAACAGUAAGCUGAGCACGAACGUGAGUAAGCUGAUAGAAAACAUGAACACGAUCAACGGAAGCAUCAACGAGGAGUUCAACCAGUUCAAGGAAAACAUCACCAACGAGUACAACACGAUCAUCGCAAGGAUCAACAAGGACUACCACGACACGAUGAGCGCGACGAUGAACGAGUUGAAGGCGAAGAACGACACGAUGUCGCUGAAGCUGGACCAGGUGAUCAUCAAGUACAACGAGUUCCUGAACAACCUGAACACGAACAACGCAGGACACUUUGACCUGUUGACUGCAGAGGUUGGGUCGGAGGGGAUGUCCGAGGUGUUGAAAAACAAGAACCUGGAGAACAAGCUAAACUUCAUCCUGAGCAUGAUAGAGAGCAAAAUAUUAGGCACUGGUGUCAACAACAUGGGCUGUGGUUUUGGAGGUAACAUGAGUGCGCGCAGUAACGUGUCGAACGGCAGCAACGUCAACACUGGCCGUGCGAGCAACGUGAGCAACAGUGGCUACAUGGGCGACGAUGGCCACAGUUUGAACAGCACGUACAGCUUCGGCGCCAGCCACGUGAGCAACGGAGGCUUUGAAGGCAGCGAGAACAUGAAUGAAACGAGCUAUGAGAUGAGCGAUAACAUGAGCAGCGUCAGCAGCGCCAGCAACGUUAACAGCAACGGGUACGCCAACGGCGCAAGAAACAUGAGCGUUACAAUUGGUGGCACCACCACCGGUAACCUGACGUCUAACAUGAGCAACGGUAACAUGAGUGGCGGCAACGUUGGUUACAGUGGCAACAAUAACACUGGCUGUAACAUGACCGCCCAUAACUUAACGACCGCCCAUAACUUAACGACCGCCAAUAAUUUAACGACGAACCUGGGCAGCGGCAACAUGAACACAAGUACAGUGAACAGCGGCACGACGUUUAACGUGGUCGAUGUGACUGGGAGUACCAGUCGCGACAACGGAGUCGCAGGAUGCACGAUGAACUUUAGCGGCAGUAGGACGAGGAGGUACGCACACAGCAACGACGGAGGAACCAGCACAGCGGAUAACAUGAGUUGCAGCGGCAACGACUACACGUUCGGGGGCACCACCGUUAGUGGCACCAGCGGAAGCAACACGGGGUCAGUGAACAUCAGUAACAUAACGCACGGAGGAAUCAGCACUGGCACGAGAAUAGGAAGCACAAGUAACCAGUUAAACCCGUACAACGGAGGACACGGCAGUAACAGCACGUACGACUGUGGGUACGUCAGCGGGUACGGCGGCGGCAGCGUGUACAACGGAGGCAGCAGCGCAAGCAGUCAAGUGGGAUACUACGACGGCUACAGAGGCGGAAACGCGGGGGCGACCAGCAUUAACGUAUCGAGCGUCGCAGACAAGUAUAACAACAGAAUGAUCAACUAUCCAAUAUACACGAACCUGGCGAACAACUCGCGCAACCAGAACGUGGUCCAGUACGACGACGGAAACGUAAUGCAGCGGGCCAACUUGGUCAACGAGGUGUCAUACGUGCCAGUGAACGGACAGUUGAUAAAGCACACGAAGGAAACAAUGUCACUUGAGCAGUACUAUAAGCAGAUGCAACAUUAA